AUGGCAGCUCCUAUUAAAUUACCCGAAAGGAUCACAUUAGAUUAUACAUCAAAUUAUAUUGAUGAACCUUUAUUUUCAAAAGUUCCAAAAGGUAUACUACAAGAAGUGAUAGAAGAAAUACUUUUUUCUAAUGCAAGUGAUGUUUUAGAACCUGAAAAUCUUCAAAAAGAAAAAUCUAAACCGACUCAAGAAUUCAAUUUUAUUUUAAACUUAGCUCAAGAAAAUGUAAUCAAACGCACCAAACAUAUUUAUCAACAAAUCAUUAACUUUGAAAACUUUGAAAAGAAUUUAACCACUAAUCCUAAUUUCAAUUUAAUUUUAAAACAACAAGGAAAUUUAUUAAAACCAAACGUGAUUAAUGAUGAAGAUAUAAAUUUAUUAAUUUCAAAAAAACAUUUAAUCCAACAAAUUUCAAUUCAAACUUCAAUGGAAGGUUUAAUCGAUUUUUUGAAAUCCAUUCAUUUACCUAAACUUAAAAUCUUAAAUGUUAAAUUACCUACUUUUGCAGUAGGAGUUAAAAGAAUCGAAAUCCCUUCUACUUUAUUUAAUCAUUUACCAAAUUUAGAAUUCAUUCGAUUUAAAUGUUGGGAAUCUUUAACUUAUCAAUGGUCUUGGGGUAUUAGACUUAUCAAAGCUUAUGAUGAUUGGAGCUUAUGGAUCGAAUAUGAUGGUCCUACUCGUCCUCCUAGUGUUUGA